AUAGGGCAAAGGGGAAUUGUGUGAAUGAGAGAAAAUUUAGUGUCUUGGGAAGGCAAGAGAGUAGGAGGAGUAGGAGAGGAAAGGGAAGGAAAAAACUGGCAUAGUUAGGAAAAAAUAAAAGUUGGGUAGUUCUUAAGUUCCUUGGUGAUCAUGGAUCCAAUGAGUCUUUCUGAGAGCAUUUAUAACCUCAUACCCUGUGACUGGAAGGAGCCUCAGCAGCUUCCUAGGUACUCAUCAAUUUUUAAGGAUGAUAUAAAAAAUGAAAUUCAAAAAUCUAAAAGUGCAAUGAAAACAAUGGGACCAGCAAACGUUGAAAAACCUUCUCCAAAAGAUUUUCUGAAGAAACAUUCAAAAGACAAAACUCUACCACCAAAAAAAUCAUUUGAGAGAACUUCAUUGAAUGUGGCCAAAAAGCCUCCUGUGCCACGGAGGAAUGAGCAUCCAGUUAUGGGACUGCAAAGUGAAAAGAAUUUUAUAAACACAAACGUAGCUGAUAUUGUUAUGGGAGUCGCUAAGAAACCAAAACCGAUUUAUGUUGACAACAGAAAUGGAGACAAGCAUGAUCUUGAAUCAUCAGGACUACUUCCAAAGUAUAUUAAAAAAAAGGAUUAUGGUGUCAUACCUGAAUAUAUUUCUAAGCGCAACCAGGAGGUCAAGAAGGCCCAAGAGGAAUAUGACAACUACAUCCAAGAAUGCCUUAGAAAAUCAGCUAUGAAAAGAGUGUCUGAUGAGGAAAGGGAGACAGUAUUGCAAGGGCUGAAGAAGAACUGGGAAGAGGUGCAUAAAGAGUUCCAGUCCCUAUCAGUCUUCAUCGACUCACUCCCCAAGAAGAUGCACAAGCAAAGACUGGAAGAGGAAAUGAAGCAACUAGAACAUGACAUUGCUGCCAUUGAAAAGCAUAAAAUUAUAUAUAUUGCUAAUAAGUGAUGUGAUUUAAAGGUCGAAUCACUUUCAAAUAAGGUGAGGGACAUACUGAUGAGAUAUAGUUUCUCAAAGAACACAGCCCAGGAAAAAAUAUUGAAUGGUCUUUACUAGCACACAGUUGGGAAAUGUUAAAGAAUGGUUAAAUUAUUUCCUCUCAUGAGAGAAAACUGUGGUUUUUGAGUGUGAGGUUUUCUACAAAUAGACCAAAAUAAAGUCUUGUUUUAAGUAUU